AAUAACGUUCUAUUAUUCUAUUUUAAUUUGAAUUCUUAAAUGUUGAACAAUUCUGACGGAAUCGGUUUCAAAGAAGAGAAAUUUCAAUUGUGCGCGAAUUAAAUUGCAUUACUUUGCAACGUUGAUUUCCUCUUCAAAGUUGAUUUGCAUUGUUUCAUUGUACCGAAGAGAGGUGUCGAGAGAUAGACAAAACACGGUUUGUAGAUAUUUUCAGUUUCCUGGAUGAUUUAGGAAGAGGAAUACGAAAUCCGUACGCGCCCUCUCUAUUUCUCCUGACUUUAACAACAACAAAAAACCAGGAAAAAUUCGUUCACUCUGUCCGUAGUAUUUCCAUCUUCGCUCUUCUUUCGGUCCCAGGGGGUACUCCAAUUCUCCCCACCACCGCCGCAACUCGAACGCACCCCCACUAUAUACUAAUGAGAGGGGGUAGGUGCGUUACGUUGUCGUAGGUUCUGUUAACUGUGCGUGCAUGAGCUUUUUGUAUUCAGUAAGCUUUCGAGUUUCAUGUGUGACACAACCACAGCUCGACAGUAGCGCAGAAACAUUACGCAAAGUUACGUAACGAACAGCAUAACAGGGACAUAUAAACACUUUGACACUGACGAGUUCCUUCAGUUAUUGCUUACCAUUUAUAGAGUGUGUAUGCUAGCAACAAACAAGUGACCAAUUGGACUUUUACCCCAGUGGAUUUAAACCAUAUUUGUUAUUAUUUAUCGACGACAGUGAGAGGAAAUGCCUCUACUACAAGAAAACACACCUAACAGAGCUAUGUUAGGAGAGGACGAAACCAACACCAUGAGCCCAAUCUCCGCCAUGUCUUUCCCGGCAUUCGGAAACACUGCGAUGUUUACGCCGACGCAAAUUUUGAUGGCCUCUCAGAUGUUGGCAGCCUCAGGUCUUGGAUUACAGCCGAAUCCGGCAUUCUUCCAUCCCGGUCUUUUUGCAAACCCGUGGGCCGCGAAUUCACCACCAUCGCCGCCAACAGAACAGCUGUCGCCAGCUCUGAAAUCGAGGAAAGUGAACAACAACAAUAACAACAUUGUCACAAGCAGCAUGGUCGAGACGAGAGCACCUAAGAGGAAGGUGUCGAGGAAGUCUGAAACGGAGAUCCCGUUGACGUCGCCCACGUCCAGUUCUUCUCCUCAAUCUGAGAACGGCAGCAAGGAUAAACAAUUCACAUGCGGCGUCUGCAAUAGAUCUUUCGGUUACAAGCACGUCCUCCAGAAUCACGAGAGGACGCACACCGGAGAAAAACCGUUCCAAUGCACCGAAUGCAACAAACGGUUUACCCGUGAUCAUCAUUUGAAGACUCACAUGAGGCUGCACACAGGUGAAAGGCCAUACCAUUGCGAGCACUGCGAUCGUCAAUUUGUUCAGGUUGCGAAUCUAAGGAGACAUCUGAGGGUGCAUACAGGUGAAAGGCCGUACUCUUGCGAGCACUGCUCUUCACGCUUCUCAGAUUCCAACCAGUUGAAGGCGCACGUCCUCAUUCACACCAACGAGAAGCCGUUCUCCUGUGAUCGCUGUGAGGGUCGGUUCCGCAGGAGGCACCACCUUCUUCACCACAAGUGCGGAGUACCAGAGAAGGAGACCACCCCCGAAAGAUUCGAGUCACCCGAGAUGGACGUGAAACCCAUGAGAUUGAUGCGUUUGUCUAACGAGCCACUUGUACCGAUCUCCAUGAUGGGACUCCCCGAACAAACAGAACCCGAAGACCUAUCCAUGAGCACUGGCCUCCACUCCCACAGCAGUGGCGACUCCCCAAUGUCGCGAUCGCCCAGCUCAAGGGAGUCCUCCGUCGACGGUGACGAGAUCGAAGAUUCAAACCAAUUCCUGCGGGUGAACUCUUAGUUGAAUCACCCGUCGCGCAUAGUUUAAGAGUACAAGUCAUUAAUCUUAACCAUUAUUACUUUUGUUAACAAAUUAUUAUUAUUUUGUUUUUCGUGUAUAUUGCGGGAUGUUUUCGUUGUACAGUCAGGUAUGCAAGUUCCUCAAAAACAAUAGCCUAGGAUGUGUUACUGCUUCCGUGUAGAUGUUUUAACGCGAGUGUUGUUUCCUUUUCAUUUGCGCAAUAUUCCAAGAAACAAAUAAGAAAAGCACUCAACACACACAAACAAAUGCACGAACGAGAGGAGACUUUGCUUUUUAACGAAACGACAGAAGUGGUAACAAUCACAUUUUAUUCUCUGUACAUAAAAUAAAUAUAUUUAUGAUAUUUAACAUAAAAAAAGGCCAGUUUAUCUCUAAAUUCAUUCUAAAUAUUCGUGAUGGACAGAAAAUAACCGAGGAUGAAUCGUGCUUUCAAAAAAAACAUGAAAAGAAGGACGUAACGGUUCGUCCUUUUUUUACUCCAGUUCCAUAUAAUUUUACAAGUCCGCCUUCGAUACCUGGAUUUGCAUACCGGUAAAAAGAUAAAAAGAGGCUGGCCAAAUCGAAGGCCGUUUCUGCUCCAGUUUUGAGAAACCAUGCGUUCGGGUGGUCAUUAUUAUUGCCAAGGGUGCCCUUUCGCAAAAAUACAAAAACACACAAAAAAAAAUGGAAAGAAAACGGGACUAUCUCAAAUAUCGCCCACGCCCGUAACACAAUUAUCAAAUAUUUUUUGUUGUGCACAAAAAAAAAGAUAAACAUGUGCACCCUCCCCGAAUAUAGACAUAACGGCUUUUCCUAUUUUCUUACCGUCGCUCGAUUUCACAAUGGUGACCUAUUGGGUUACUUACGACCCGUGCAAAUCGCGACCGCAAGACAAAAGGAAAUCCCCGGAUCAAUUAAAGUUGGGAAACGCGUUUGUAAAAUUAUAUGGACACAACGGAGCGGAACAAUCGAAGCUCAUUUAUCAAAAAAAUGAAAUAAAAUAAGUAAUAGAAAAGAAACUAGUUCUGCGGAUAGUUCGAAACCCGUUCCUUCGCGACGGUUAAAAAGCAAAGUUACACCACCACCGCUCGAUGUAGUUUGUAAAUGUUUAUGUGUAAUCGAAUUGCACCCUUCCGUCAUUGUAAAUAAUCCUAAAACCUAUAUAAUUCGAUAUCUGUGUGAAUGUUCUAGGAGACACUUAUUGUAAAUUUGUGGCUGUAUUAAUUGUUAUUAUUUUUUAAUUGUUAGACGUUUCUACUACCCUUUCCUUUCCUCUAUAGCCAACCAAUGUUUUAGGUUCGGUAUAUUUUUGUUCCCCAAAUUAUUGAAUGUAAAUAGUCCUUAAAUCAUCUCAUCUCUUGUACAUAAAAAUGCGCCAAAAAAAAACUAAAACCAUACGACUAGAAGAGAAACGUUGUUUCUGCAGGUACCUUAUAAAAAAAAUUAUGUAAAGUGCCAUUCUCUAUCUAUGAGUUAUUCUAUACUAUUUUUUAUUUUGUGAGGGAGCUUUGUCCCCCUUGGAUUCCUAUUAGUUUUUAUUUUAAAUUAUAUUUUAUAAACUAUAUUAUUAUAACAAAAAAAAAAUGAU